GCAGCAUGGCAUUUCGGGAUACCUUUCUCCAUCAUGGCGGAUAAGGUAGUUGGCUAACGUUAACGGUUAGCGUAUUCAACGAUUGUUUGUUUUCACACUUUGCGGGAUUGCAGCUAUCUGGCGUUAUUUUCACUGAAACGGCAUCCUCCGAACAUAAACUGGUGUUGAUUCAAGGAGCAGCCCACCAGUGACAUUAAGAGCACCUUUGACGAUAUCAGUGGCACCGGCACAAUGGAAUGUGCAGUAGACAUCCCCUCAGCGGAAGAUGAGGCACCUGAGAAAGACGACAUGAAUGCCAAGGAAGGGAAUGAUCAACCCCACAAGAAAAACAAGAAACACAGAAAACAUAAGAGCAAGAAGAAGAAGAAGAAGAGGAAGGGGGAAAAAGAGAGCACCUCAGAAUCUGGUGCCGAGUCGGAUGUAGAGCCACAACUGCUAGGUCGACCUGCUGUUAGGUCGACCAGAGCCAGUGCCAGACUAGCAGCAGCUACAGGAGCUGGAGACGAAGCUGGGCUGAAAGAGGAUGGCAAAAUUACAGCUCGUGCGGACACGGACGGAGAUGCCAAAUCCAAAAAACACAAAAGACAUGCUGCCAAGAAGAAGAAAAAGAAGAGGAAGAAAGACGAAAAGCAAGAAAAGAAAUCCCCAUCUCGCUCCCCAUCUGAAAGCAGCUCAGCUUCAGGCUCAGAGUCUGAAGGUGAAGGAGAGAAAGGGGCUGGAGAUGCCAAAUACUCUCCAGCUGCAGCAUCAGAACUGCAAGAACCAGUGUCCAAACUGAUUUCAAAAAGCAAACGAGGGGAGAAACCUGAGUUGCUUGGAGUGAAGAAAGAGGAGAUAUUGGAUAUUAAUGCGUCCCCAUCUGUAGUGAAGGGAAGUAACGCCAAUCUAUCAGAAAAGGAUAUGAGGUCCCCCUCUGCAGGCCAUGAUGAGAUAACACAGACAGCGACAGUUCAGGUUAAGACAGAGGGUAGUCAUGCUGAUGGUACAUUCAGCCAUGCCCAUGAGCUCCCUGACAUCAUCCCUAAACAGGAAGGUGCUACCUCAAGAGAUGACCCAGGCCUGAAAGAGCAGUCCAAUUCAGUUCAGAGGGCAAAGGUCAGAGAGCACGAUUCAUCCAGGUCUCCUUCCCCUCCCAGGGGCCCCGACAUUAAGAGGCCUCGGUCAAGUCAUAGUCGUUCACCAACACCGAGUCCUAGUCGGGAGCAGUCUGACGGGCAAACAGCAGAAGCAAAUAAAGAACGGUCAAGAACCCAUUCCAGGUCUACUUCGAAGGAAAAGCGGUCUGUAACUCCUCUAAAGAGUCGGCAGCUAUCCCGCUCUCAGUCCCCUAAAUUUAGGAAGUCACCUUCCCAGUCCCCCAAGAGAGCUAUCUGUCAGUCCCGGUCCACCUCUCGCUCCCUCACCCCAAAGAAGAAGGUGUUAAAGUCUCCAAGGAAGUCCAAGUCUCCUAAGCAUCGCAGGAGGUCAUUGUCUGUUUCUCCAAAGCGACGCCGAAGUUCCCACUCUCCUAAAAGAAAGGUGUCACGAUCCCCUAAACGCGGUGGGCGCAGGUCCCCCUCUCUAUCUCGGUCUCCAAGGAGAACUCGAAGGUCCGAGUCACGUCCCCGUGGAGGAGCAAGGCAUUCCAGGGCCCGCUCACCUAGGCGAAGUGGUGCAGUUGGCAGACGUUCAAGGUCACGUUCCGUCACGAGAACCCGUCGCUCCAACUCUAGAUCAAGACGUCCUGUCCGUCGCUCCAGGACACGGUCACCGGCAAGACGUGCAGGAGGUAGGCGCUCCAGGAGCCGAUCCUUGUCUCGUCGUAAGAGGUCUCCACCCCCCAGAUCCCGCCGCUCACGCUCCCACUCGAUCCGCAGGAGCAGGCGGACUCGGUCACGUUCAGUUGUAGUCCUUAAGCGCAACCGCCGCUCCAGAUCCAAGAGUCCCCGCAAACGGACUAAGUCUAGAACCCCUACCCCCCGACGGCGCUCCCGUUCCGCUGCAAGGAAAAAUCGUUCUCCACCUAGGUCUGGCAAACGCUCCAAAUCUCGCUCAUUGUCUCAAAAGCAUCAGUCAAAGUCACCCUCACCACUACCUGUCAAAAGGAUGUCCAAAUCUCCUAGGAAAGGUGGAAGACGGUCAAAGUCUAAAUCUGUCUCGCCCGGCUUGAACAGAUCUCCGUCCAGGUCUGAGUCAAGUAAUGGGCGGUCUGACAACUCCUCCCCAGCCAGAUCCACAUCUCCCUCACCUGUUAAAGAGAUCAAGCCUUCUUCUCCUGAGGCAGAGCAGACAGUCGCUGAAAGUGGUGGAUUGUCAGUUACAGCAGGUGCUUGGAAACCCAUGCCCUCAGCAGCUGUAUCCAUCCCCCUGGCUGAGAGCGCCUCAAAUGCGUUAAAGGAGCCGCUUCAGAUGCCUUCUCCCAACCAUGAUAAGAAACCGAUAGAUGGUGCCAGCUCAUCCAAUGAACAAGAUGUUUCCAGGUCCAGGUCUGUUUCCAAAGAGCCCGUCACUGGCCAAGACGGGUCAGAUUUUUCGGAAGGCUCAGAAGAAGAGGAUUCUGCUUCUCCAGUUAAGCUGAAGUCACGCUCACCUACAGAUCUCAGAAAACUGCGCUCAACUUCAUCACCUCGGCGAUCAACAUCCAAAUCUACAUCCCGAAGAAAGCAGUCUAGGUCCAAGUCUCCUGUAAGGAAAAGAGAAUCUGUCUCUCCAUCAGAGAGGAAGAAACGACGGUCUAAAUCUCGGAGUCCUGCCCGGCGGAGGAGGUCACGCUCGGCUGCGCGGCGCAAACGAUCACACUCGAAGUCACGAACCAGAAUCCGUCGAUCCAAGUCCCGCUCUCCGACCCGAAAGAGACGAUCCCGCUCACCCAAUGCCCGUGGGAGGAGGAGGUCCAAGUCCACAGACAGAAGCAAGCGAUCCAAGAGUCGCUCCACAGGUCGGAGAAAACGGUCAGUAGACAGAAGCAGGCGAUCAAGGUCUCGUUCUUCUGAUCGCAGACGCAGGUCUAGGUCGAGGGGGCGAGGGAGGCGUCCAGUGUUUCGCAGUCGUUCGUUUGAUAGGCGGGACAGGUGGAAAAGGGAACCCAGCCACUCUCCAGUUCUGAUUCUCCGCAAGCAGCGCCGCUCAGGGUCCCGUACACGACGCAGCACCAGCAAGACUCCUCCACGCCUCACUGAACUGGAUAAGGAUCAGUUACUGGAGAUAGCCAAAGCUAAUGCUGCCGCCAUGUGUGCUAAGGCGGGAGUGCCCAUUCCUGAGAGUCUUCGGCCAAAAGCCAUCCUCCAGCUCCCUCUACCCACUCCAUCUCCUACCCCCCUCUCCUUACCUCUACCUCUCCCAAUGGGCAUGGGGAUGCCGAACAUGCCGAAUAUGCCCAACAUGGGUCCGAUGGGGCUAUCCAAUAUUCCAGGAAUGGCCAGCAUGUCAAACAUAACCAUGUCUGCCGCGAUGGCAAGUAUGACCGCAGCUACUAUGACCGCUGCCUUGACCAACAUGGGUGCCCUCGCAGCCAUGCCUCCCCUUGCCCCGCUCCCCACCAUCACUAACAAGCCUCCCCCGUGUCUCGCCCCCCCACAACCAACCCUUAACCUGGACCACAUUGAGGAAGCAAAGAGGAAGGUCACUCAGCAAGCUAACAUUCACACCAUCAAGGAGCUUACUGAGAAGUGUAAGAUGAUUGCAAAUAGCAAGGAGGAGAUGGCCAUUGCUAAGCCCCAUGUCUCUGAUGAUGAAAGCUAAAACCGCCAAGCCCUCACGUCACUCCCCUCAAAAGAACUAAGGGAAAAUGUAACAAAUGCUUUACAGGAAGACUUACCUUCCCACAGUUCUCUUUGGUAGCCAGAUGUCCUGACUGAGCCUCAUACACCUCGAAGAAGAAGAAGCGCACCGGAGUUGUCACAGUUACAAUAUAGGUGCACCGUCAACAGCCACUGCCCCACCCAGCUUCCCAGUUUGUUUCUGUUUGUGUGUGUGAGAGAGAGAAAGAGACUGGCAGACUGUCACCUGUGAUACCACUGAGUAAUCUGGACACACUGACAUAUUGUGUGACUGUACAGUGAGUGUGAGUCCGUGAGUGAAUUGUUUUGUGUAUAUAGUGACUUUCACAACCUCAGUGUUGCUGCUCAUUUAGGCAGUCACUGACUAAAGCGGAAACAAACCAAACUAACUAGUGGCACAAGUGUUUUUGUAAAAGAUUAGUUUCUCUAAAUUUGUUUUACUUUUAUGCUUUCUUAAAUAAUUGAGUUAAGUGGGGACUCCUUCCUUGUUCUUCUGUAUUCCCCUCGGUUACCGCUAGUCACUGGUUUUCUAAACAAAUAAUGCAGAUGAAGUUUUGGUUGAUCCCCACAUGUGAUUUGUUUUCAAAAGCCUGGGUCUCCAGGGCAAGAGAGUGACCACAUGUUGUGAAUCCUGGAACAGGGUGCCAGAUCUGAUUAUUUUUAAAGGAAUGGAAUAACUGAAUAUAUUGGCUGUAAAAAGAAGGUUUGUAUGUUGGCUAUGACAGAUUUUCGUCUUCAUUUACGAAACGGAACUAACUCAGUUAGCACUGCCCUGGGUGUGAUUUUCGAUCCCUCUAUUUUAAACAGCACCAACCUCAUCUUUGACUCUAACCUGAGCUUUCGUUUGGGCUUUGUUGGGAGUUCUUUCCUACUUGGAAACAUGGUUUGCUGUAUAUGUAAAUGGGUCACACUUUUGACACCAAUAUCCUAACAUGCAGUGUUUUGCAGAACACUAUAAUUAUAUAACAUCUGUCUUUUAGAUGCUUUAAAAAUGCUAUCAUGGCAAUUCCCAUUGAAUAUUGAUGCAGUUAGUAUUCAAUGGGAAUUGUCAAGAUAGCAUUUUAAAACUCCAAGACAUUUGGUCGAGUGCAAACAUUUGAAAGGUCUGUGUUUCUAAUCAUUUGUCAUCAGCAAUGCUGGUUAAUGGCUGUCUCGGAGAUCCAAGAUGUUGGUACUUUGCCAACAGAACACAACCUACCAUAAUCCCACAAGAGUUGACUGACUGGACCUUGGGCCACCAAGCUUUACCUUAGUCACUAACCAUUUUUAGUUUUCCUGAUUUAAGAAACCGGAUGGGUAAAAUGUAACUUCCCUUAAACUUCACCCUGUAAAUGGAGGCAAUUAUUACUUUUUUUUUAGAAGAAGAACCUUUCUAGUUCACCGUGUGACUAAAUGCAUGAUAAACAAUAGGCAUUAUAAAAAUAAUAAUAAUCCGCUUUAGAUGCUUUUGCUUUUCUGUUGCUGUUUACAUUAUUAAAACAUAAGUUUCUAUCGGUUGCUUUUUAUAGAGACACACAUGGAGUGUAUCAUUCAUGUUAUUGCGCUUGCGGAUGACACAUUACUUCUAGUGGUUGUAGAGUUGAAAGUUGAGCAUGUCCCAAACUGUACCAUUAUUAAAGUUUUUGUAUAAUAGACAAUCAGGUUAUUUCUUUCAAGAUGUUUUUUUGUUGUUUUUUUAGAGGAAAGAACUAGAACCACAUUAAAUUUAAAAACAUCUUGAACCGUUGUAUUCAGGUGGCCAAUAGGAUGGAGGAUUUCCAUUAUGCAAACAAUGAAAAACCCUCCCAACAAGCCCUUUUCAUUUCUACCACUAACUCAUUUAAUCUGCUUUACUUGUGAAUGUUGUUGGAGUUUAGUAGGCCUUCUGUGCGAGCUGCGUCUGGGUAAACGAGGUCCAUGCUGCACCGAAUGCUUUUGUCCCAUUGGUUAACUGAAGAACAAAGACAAACUUAGUGCUUUUGGAAUGGAUGAGGUUUUUAAGGACUCUUGCAUUCGUAACUCAUUUAUUUUCAUUGGAGAGAGAAAUAAUUCUGGAUCCAUCCUUCUUUGUCGACAUCCCACGCCCAGGGCUGUUUAACUGUGGAACAUAAUCUGUUACGGUUUUGACGAACUGUAACUUUACCGACUGUACCAAAAGCAUUGUUGAACUGUUGAAUUGAUACCCUGAGGUAAUCUAGCUAUUUUAUGAACGAAAAAAGAAAAAAAUGCAUUUUAGGAUUCUUUUUUUUUUUUUUGGGUCAUUUGAAUAUGACAGCGCCUGCUUUGUACAUAAAUGUGUUGAUGAUUAUUAAAAACCUCAAUGAUCUA